AUGUCCAUCAUGCCCAGUACCAGGUCACAGUCCCGGAGCCAGAAGACCAUAGACUUUCCAAAGCGAAAAUCAGUCAGGAAACUUCAGAAAUCGUUACAAAAAAAUAAGGGUUCCCAUCUGGAUCCAGUCACAUUGUCGGUCUCUUUGUUGUCUUCCCAAAAGCAGGUCUUGCCUCUCAGUCCCUGCAAACGCCUAGGUGAUGACAACCUCUGCAAUGUUGCCCACUUGUUACCUUGUACCCCAACUAAGCAGAGUAAAAAAGAGAACAGCUUUCCAACAACUUCUCCCAAGGCCCGGACUUUACUCUUCAGUGAAUGUUCAGCUUCCAGGAUUCCCACCAAGUGUAACAGUUUGGUUCGAUCUCCAUUACCAAGGAGCCAAGAAACACCCACUCCUAUGCAGUGUCGCUCUCUUAGAAAAGAGCUAGUGUGUACUCAGCUCUUUAAGCCAGAAGGCACCUGCUAUCAGCAGGCAAAGAGUCUUCUGCAUACAGCUGUUCCAGACCAACUGCUUGCAAGGGAGAAAGAGGCAGGGGUCCUACAACGAUUCCUCUGGGAACAUGUUUGCAGGAGGAAGCCUGGAAGCCUUUAUAUAUCUGGAGCCCCUGGCACUGGAAAAACUGCUUGCCUCAACAGAGCCUUGAUUGAUUUGAAGGCAGAACUCACUGGGAGUCAGAUCACAGUCUUAAAUUGCAUGACCUUAAGGAGCUCCCAAGCUGUCUUCCCAGCAAUUGCUGAACAGUUGGGUCUGGCUGGAGCUGCCAAGGCAGCCAAAGGUGAUGUCAUCAGAAAGCUGGAGAAAUGGUUGACAUCAGAAAGUGCAUCCAUGGCUUUGGUUGUAUUAGAUGAGAUGGAUCAGUUGGAUAGCAAGGGACAAGAUGUACUCUAUACAAUAUUUGAGUGGCCUUCCCUUCCCAACUCUCGGCUCAUUCUCAUUGGUAUAGCCAAUGCCCUGGAUCUCACUGAUCGCAUCCUCCCCCGCCUGCAGGCCCGGCCCAUGUGCAGGCCACAGUUGUUAAACUUUCCCCCAUACAGCAAAGAUCAGCUCGCUUCCAUUCUCCAGGAACGCCUGAAGAAGGUGUCAGGGGAGCAGGUGUUGGACAAUGCUGCUAUCCAGUUCUGUGCUAGAAAAGUCUCUGCCUUCUCUGGGGAUGCCCGCAAAGCUCUGGACAUCUGCAGGAGGGCCAUUGAAAUUGUAGAGUCGGAUGUGAAGAGCCAAACUAUACUAUUGCCUGCCUCUGACCCCCAUCCUAUGUCCUCAGGCAAGUCUCAUUCCAAACCAGCUGCAGACUCUGCAGUGCCGAAACAAGUAGGCCUGCGUCAUGUGUCCCAAGUGAUCUCUGACGUGUAUGGUGACCGGAUGGCAACUGGUAACAGCUACGGUGAUGCUUCUUCUUUCCCACUGCAACAGAAGAUUUUAGUGUGUUCUCUGUUGCUCUUAGCCAAGCAACAAAGUAACAAAGAAGUUAGCCUAGGAAAGCUGCACGAAGCCUACAGCAAAAUUUGCCGGAAACAGAAAGUGGGACUUGUUGACCAAUCGGAAUGCCUCUCGCUUUCAGCUCUUUUGGAAUCUAGGGGCAUUGUGGGACUCAAAAAGGCUAGAGAAGCACGGCUGUCUAAGGUCUUUCUGAAGAUAGAAGAGAAGGAUGUGGAGCAUGCCCUCAAGGACAGAAUCUUGGUUGGAAGCAUUUUGGCUGGGGGCCUUUAGAAUAGUUGCUUUGCUCACUUCUACAACAUUUUGCCCCAUAUGUCUAUUAGCUUUAGGAACAGACUUCACUGAGACAUAUAAAGGGAUGCAGUAUUCUGAAUAUUUGGGACUUUGGGUUUUACUAUUUUUAAAGAAUGUCAGUGUUAUAAAAAUUGCCCUGCUUUUAUUUUCAAGGGUUUUUAAAACUAAGACUUUUUACCCUUUGACUAUGUAUCACUGUUCCUUCCCAUUUGGAGGUUUAUUUUUGAAUCCCAGAAAUUUUCCCCUUUCCUAGCCACAGGGUUGUCAUCCUCUUCUCUGCUGCCCCUUCCCUCUACACAUAUGGAACUGCCUGUGCCAUUCUUGUGGUAUCUGUCUCUGUGAUUAACACCAGAGAUGAAAAAGGGUGAAAGAUGUCAGUAAAAGAGUCCAUUUGCAGAGGCACAACCAUUAAUGUUGCAAGAGAAAAUAAAAACGCAGUAGCUUCUCUCAUGAGUUCUUUUGAAGUUGGACUGUUUCGAUGAAGUUGAUGUCAUUCAUACUGAGGCUUAGCCUCUUGAGAGCUGCAGGGGGGCUUAGCCACACACAUGUCCCCAAGGGCUCUGAACAUCUUAACAUUUUUGAACUGUGGCUACAGUCUUAGCACCAAAACUAGUUUCAGACCUAUAGCAAAGAUCUAGUCUAUUUAAUUUCUGAGCCAUUUCUUUUGAAGAACAUUAAAUAGCUUGGUGCUUUUGUAUGAAUCUAAAGUUCUUAUUAAGCACAGAGGGCUGAUUUCUGAAUUGGAAUCUACUUGGUUGUGUGCAUAUAUGUGUAUAAUCAGGUUGGUUUGUUUUAACUGUGAAGCCAUAUGUAUUUACACAUCACUUACACUGCCUUUCUCCACUGAUUAAUUUAGAAUAGUUCUGAUUUAUUGAAAUAUGUACAACCAGAUGUUUUUUAACAGUUGGAAUUAUUAACAUAUUGCCAUUGCUUUUUUAAUUAAUUGAUUAAAAUAGUCAAUCUUACAGCUUUGAGGUUUAGGAUGUAUGCUUUGUUCAGUUUCUCAUAUUUACAAUGUUUAGCUAUUUUCAUUAGAGUUGGAGUUUUGCUAUGGAUUUCUGGUUUGGUGGGGAUAUAUACACACCCCACUAAUUGUGGGCUUGUGCUACGUUCAGUUUUAAAUGUACUUGAAAUUUGUAUCUCUAUUGCAUAUUAGCUUGUUCCAGAGUAUGCAUGCUUUAGCAUCUAUCACUAUUGCUUCUCUCUGACUUUGGAAGAGUACCUGCCACAAAAUCUUGGGGUUAUGCAAUUCUGUAACUAAUGCCAUGGUUAAAUUUUAGCCAGAAUCAUAGUAUGGUUUUGAAUAUGUUCAAAGUAUGAACAGCUGGGGGCUUUCAGUUUAAUUUGUGUUGUCCCCUAAAUUUUCAUUAUGCUUGAUACCUCACUUCACAAAGCUGCUCAAGUGGCCAUGGCAAGAGAUGCAUUACAUGCAUUUUUUGGCAUGUAGUUUUUAUAGCCUCCUUCUUCAGAUAUGGUGGAAUGGGAUGACUUGAUCCAUCUGCAUCCCUAAUGGCUGACUCCUGUAAACCACAAUGGCAUCAGAUGUUAAAAAUCCAUGACAGCGUUAAGAGAAACCAGCCCAGCCCCAUAAUAACAAAGGGAGAUUUUGUGGUUGUCUCUCCUGGCCACUAACCAUGAGUGGUUAACCAUUGCAAUAUAUCCAACAAUAGAAAAAUGCCGAGGCCCGCUAACAUGAAAUUAAAUAAUGUUAACCUGAGAUUCUCAUUUUCCCAAAGUUUUAAUUGAUAUACUAUUGUCUACAAGGUUUGGAGAACCAAAAUUAGUCUUUGGACUUCUAAUGUUGUUAGCAGAGCAGACUGCUUAUAUAAGCCAGCUUUCAAAGAGUUAACGGCCUAGAGCAGCCACAGCUAAUAGAAAGCAGACUUCAGGAAGAAUUGGGAGCAGAUGGGCAGCUGGAUUUUAAAUCAUAUUUUUCCUCCUGCUAGGACCUUGAAAGUGAUACAGUACUCAUUACAGCAUGGACAUCUAUUGUCCAUACCAAGGCUUCAUGCACUGCGUGUGCAUGUAUGUAUUUUUUCCAAAAGAAGUCUGUACAUAAGAAAAUACCUACCUACUUCCAGUAGGUAUUCCAGGGCUUAUGCACUGGUAGCAUUAUUUUGUACAUUGCGGAAGGUUCUCUACCCAUUGUUUAUUUGUUUGGAGGUAGCAGUUCUUAAAUCAUCCUUCUUACUUGGCCUGGUUUUUAAUCAAAUAUAGGAAACAACUCUCAGAUGAUCCCUGUCUUAAUUUUGAGCCUUUGUUGUAGGGAGCUCUUCUACAUGAUUGCAUUUAAAAAAUAAAAAUAGCUCAAGGUGACUGGGAAUUGAGUACCUGCUGAGGUGGAAAAGAACACAUGGACUUUGCUAUUGAUUAUUACUAAAUAAUCAGAUUCUGAUUUUAACCCUCUGGAGGAGGUGGGUGUUUCUAGUGAUUUAGACAAAGUUUUCCUUGUUGAAAGGAAUGCCUUCUGCAAAAUCACAUGGUAGUAGGUGAAAGUCAGGGGUUGGUUCUUCAUUCAAAGUGUAUUUGCAUACAUUUGUCAUAUUUUAACACUCUUGGGAAGGAUUAAAUCAGCACUGUUGCUGUCAGUUUGCUUACUUGAAGAGGGAAAUAAGGAUUUAUUUCCUGGAAAAUUAAUUGCUGUGAACAUCUGAGUAGGGCUUCUCCAAGAAUCUCAGAUACUGUCUUCCUGUUUCCUUCUACUUAGUCUCUUGUUUCCCAGGAAUAAGGAAGUACGUGGGAUCUUCCUGUUU